AUGCGUGCCUCUAUCCUGCUCUCGGCCAUCUUCAUUGCUAUUGCUGCGGCUCGGGUUGCAAUUUCAGAAGAUGGCCCAAUAACGGGUGCUCUAGGAAGCGCUACGGUGACCGCAGACAACCCGCCCGGCCAAGUUUAUAUCGCCACUCUCCCAAAAACAGCCUUUGACAAGGCAGCAUACCCGUCUGGAGGCAAUGUGGAGGGUCGCAUCUCUGCCGAAGCACAUCCUGGUGGCAUUGGCGUUGACUUUGAUAUCAACUUCUGGAAUCUACCCGAGACUGAUGGUCCUUUCACCUAUCACAUUCAUGAGUUUCCUGUGCCAAUCGACGGCAAUUGCAUCGCUACUGGAGGCCAUCUCGAUCCUUUUAGGCGAGAGGAUGAUCCCGCUUGCGACAGCAAGCUCAAGCAGACUUGCGAGGUCGGUGAUCUCAGUGGCAAGCAUAGUAAAAUCACUUCAGACCCGUUCAUCGCUACCUACCGUGACCUUUACACAUCCACCAAGCCUGGAAACCCGGCUUUCUUUGGCAACCUCAGCUUCGUGCUGCACUACUCCAACAAGACACGCAUCACUUGUGCCAACUUCAUUCUGCAAAAUGCAUCCUACACAUCCACCGACAAUGGCACGGCAACCGCUACGCCGUACCCUUCGUCCAGCUCGGUAUCGCCAAAGGUUCCCAUGCCUUCUGGCACAGCAUCGGGGGCAGCUAGUUCGUUUCCGAAAGCGGCCAUCGUUGGCGUCGGCGUGGCCGCCGUUUUGGAGGCAGCUAUGAUACUGUUUAUGUAA